AUGACUCCUCCAGCGUUCGUUGACCUCGGCAAGGCUGCCAAGGAUCUUUUCACAAAAGAAUACAAUCACGGCUUUUUGAAAGUGGAAUCAACGACUCAUGCCGACCAAAAUGGAGCGAUCGAAUUCAAGACUGGUGGUGUGCACACGAUUGCAUCGGGACGAGUGGCCGGAAACGUUGACGUCAAAUACAAAUUACCAUCUUAUGGUUUCACUUUAACCGAGAAAUGGAAUACGGAGAAUAUGUUGGGCACAGUGAUCGAGGUGAAAGACCAGUUUGCAAAGGGUCUUAAAGUGACAUUUGAUUCGUGUUUUGCUCCUCAACUUGGAAAACGUACAAGUAAAGUGAAGGGUGAAUGGUCUGGCGAUCGAGUGAAGGUGAACUGCGAUUUGGGCUUGGAUGCCGGUGUCCUCCUGAAUAUGUCUGGAGUGACGGAAUUUCGCACUUGGUUGAUUGGAGUACAAACAUGUUUUGAUACGACAACGAGUAAACUUCGUAAUACAAAUGUUGCGUUCGGUAAGAUUGGACCCGACUACGUGAUUCAUUCGUUUGUGAACAAUGGACAGGAGUUCGGUGCUUCACUGUAUCAUCGAGCUGCGCCCGCCAAGGUGGAUAAUCAAGCCAAGGUCGCGUUCGCAUCUACACACCACCUUUCCGACAAGUUGAAACUCAUACUCUCGACUCAGUUUGCGAUGGAUCGGCUCAAUGAGGGAGGUCACAAAUUUGGUUUCGGUCUCGUUUACACGCAAUAG